UGAGUUUGGCGUAACGUUAUCAGCAGCUAACAAAGAAACCUACCGUGAUUCAUGUUGACUAUAUGGUUGAGCAACAAGUGUAAACUUUGUGGUAACGUUAUAGUAAUAGGCGGAUCAUUAUUCGAAGGACAACAGACUUGAAGACAACCGGCAGGGGCAGUGUUUUCUGAAAGACUUUUUUUCUUUUGCUCAAACCACAUCCAGAGUCGACGAUACAGGCGGAAGUCAACACAAACCACGGUUGUGACCCCGCGCUCAGCUACAAGCAGAAUGGCGGAUGAGGAGGACGAGACUGGCUUCGACGAGGAGGUGGAGGACGGAUCCGGCGGAGUAGAUGUCGGCCACGGUGGGAAGAGAAAGAGGCUCUUUUCCAAGGAGCUCCGGUGUAUGAUGUACGGAUUUGGUGACGACCAGAACCCGUAUACGGAGUCUGUGGAUAUUCUGGAGGACCUGGUGAUCGAGUUUAUCACGGAAAUGACCCACAAAGCCAUGUCUAUCGGACGCCAGGGCCGCGUCCAGGUGGAGGACAUCGUUUUCCUAAUUCGCAAGGACCCCAGGAAGUUCGCCAGAGUCAAAGACCUGCUGACCAUGAACGAAGAGCUGAAGAGAGCCCGGAAGGCUUUUGACGAAGCUAAUUAUGGCUCAUAACCUUGCAAUGGGACACUCAUCUAAUUUGGCGGCUCAUUCCUUUUUAAAUGCUUUGAAUUGUUCAUUCUGUCUGUUCGUUGACUUGCUGUCCGAAGUAGGUGUUGUUUUUGACAUGUGAUGUACAUUAUUUUAUAUGGUGGUAUGACAGUGAUGAGCUAAGUGUUCACAUGAUUCUGUCUGGGACUGUUUAAAUAAAGUGACUUAAACAAA